AGGCGCACUGGCUGGCACCUGGCUCCCCGCAGCCGCGGAAUUAGGCAUCCCCUGCCAGGAUUGCGGUGAGCUGCUGGCCCGCGGCCCGGGCGAGGGGUCAGGAACCGGCCAGACUCGGGGGCCGAUCUGCUACAGACGACAAGCCCGAGGAGACGAGAAUGGACAGACUGCCAACGUCCGUGAGCCCUCCUCGGUGCUCCUGGGGCUGAGGCGUGGCCAGCAGCCAUGGGGCUAGCCUGGCCCCGAGCCUGGCUGUUGGGCCUGCCCACAGCCGUGGUGUAUGGCUCCUUGGCCCUCUUCACCUCCAUCCUGCAUAAUGUGUUCCUGCUGUAUUAUGUGGACACCUUUGUCUCGGUGUAUAAGAUCAACAAAGUGUCCUUCUGGAUUGGAGAGACUGUAUUCCUUCUCUGGAACAGCUUCAACGACCCCCUCUUCGGCUGGCUCAGUGACCGCCAGUUCCUCAGCUCCCAGCCCCGGCCAGGAGCUGGGCCCUCCUCCAGAGACGUGGCGCUGACACGGGUCCGGGCUCUGAGCUGGCACGGGCCGUUGCUGGCACUGUCCUUCCUGGCAUUCUGGGUGCCCUGGGCCCCGGCUGGCUUGCAGUUCCUACUGUGCCUGUGCCUUUAUGACGGCUUCCUGACCCUCGUGGACCUCCACCAUCAUGCCUUGCUGGCUGACCUGGCUCUCUCAGCCCAUGACCGUACCCACCUCAACUUUUACUGCUCCCUGUUCAGCGCGGCCGGGUCUUUGUCCGUCUUUGCCUCCUACGCCUUUUGGAACAAGGAGGACUUCUCCUCCUUCCGUGCCUUCUGUGUGGUACUAGCUGCCGGCUCUGGACUGGGCUUUCUGGGGGCCACACAAUUGUUGAGGCAGCGGAUUGAGGCCACCAGGAGGGACAGGGGGUGCUCAGCCCUGGUCAUGGAUGGCGGCGCGUGUGAAGAGGAGCUGCUGGUGGGUGGGCAGGAAGCAGGCGGCAUCACCUUGGGCCAGUACCUCCGGCAACUGGCACGCCAUCAGAACUUCCUGUGGUUCGUGGGCAUGGACCUGGUACAGGUAUUUCACUGCCACUUCAACAGUAACUUCUUCCCCCUCUUCCUGGAACACUUGCUGUCGGACCACAUCUCACUCUCCACAGGCUCCUUCCUGCUGGGCAUCUCCUAUGUUGCGCCUCAUCUCAACAACCUCUACUUCCUGCCCCUGUGCCGGCGCUGGGGUGUCUAUGCCGUGGUGCGGGGGCUCUUCCUGCUCAAGCUGGGCCUUAGCCUCCUCAUGCUGUUGGCUGGCCCAGACCGCCCCGGCCUGCUUUGCUUCUUCAUUGCCAGCAACCGUGUCUUCACCGAGGGCACCUGCAAGCUGCUGACCCUGGUGGUCACUGACCUGGUGGAUGAGGACCUGGUGCUGAACCACCGGACCCAGGCAGCCUCGGCGCUUCUCUUCGGUAUGGUUGCCCUGGUGACCAAACCUGGCCAGACCUUUGCCCCACUGCUGGGCACCUGGCUUCUCUGCUUCUACACAGGUCAUGACCUUUUUCAGCAGCCCCCAAUGACUUCUGUGGGGAGUGUUCAGCCAUGGCCCGAGCCCCCAGCCCCAGCCCCUGCGCAGGCUCCAACCCUCCGCCAGGGCUGCUUCUACCUGCUGGUGCUGGUGCCCAUCACCUGUGCACUGCUCCAGCUCUUCACCUGGUCCCGGUUUACGCUGCAUGGGAGACGUCUACGUGUGGUCAAGGCCCAGCGCCAGAACUUGGCACAGAUCCAUACGCUGGACAUUAAGAUGGUGUGAGAGGUGUGGCACAGGCACUCUGCUGCGGGCAGUGCCCUGGUCCCAGCAGGAGCCUCUCUUGCUGGCCAGCAUCCUGCUUCUUCACCCAGAGAACAGAUGGUGUGGGGGCUCCUGGGGCAGAACCAGGAGCGGCACUGAGGUCUGCCCUUCUUUUCUGUCUGACUGAGCUGGGGCAAGGGCUGAGCCAUAUGUGCUCAGGGACUGUGACUCCUGUGCGGCAAGCAGGAAGGAAGAGCAGAAAGGGUAGAGCUGCAUGCGGUGCCCAAGGAGCUGCUGCGGGCCUGCAGCAGGGGCUUGCCACUUGGGAGGUUUAGGGACUUCUGACACUGUGACUCCUUUUGCCCAUUCAGGUGAAGCUGACUGGAAGUGCCACUUGCCCCUCCUCCUAGUGGUUUCUCUCAGAGGCCUCUCUGCUUCAGCUUGAAGAAGCAUGUCUCUGUGCUGUAGGCUCCCCAAAGCCCAGCAGGCCUCUAAACUCUAAAGAGGCCCCUCUCAUUGAAGUGCAAGUAAAGCCAGUCAUUCCUA